CUAGUGAGAGACCGGCGUUGGCUUGACAUACUCAUCAUUCUCUGUGUGUGCAGAUUACACCAAUAUACGCAAAAUGACGUGGAGAUACACCGGAGCUCCAGCCUUCCCCUUGCCGUUUUAUUUCUUUGCAAAUCUGAACGGGACUUCGCCGUUCCCGGAUCCUUCUCUAAAUAUGUCGGACAUCCUGACGGGGGAGCGGACACUUAGUACGGUGUUGAGUGAACAUCCCGGCGAAUUAGUGAGGACCGGCAGCCCAAACCUUGUCUGUUCUGUCCUCCCCUCCCACUGGAGGAGCAACAAAACCCUUCCCGUAUCAUUCAAAGUGGUGGCUCUGGGAGAAAUGAAGGAUGGAACUAAGGUGUCAAUUUUCGCUGGGAACGAUGAGAAUUACUGUGCGGAAUUAAGGAAUUGUACUGCAUACAUGAAGAACCAAGUUGCCAAGUUCAACGAUCUGAGAUUCGUUGGACGAAGCGGACGGGGUAAAAGUUUUAAUAUAACGAUAAAUGUGUCAAGCGAGCCACCACAAGUUGCCUCUUACCAGAAGGCCAUUAAAGUCACAGUGGAUGGACCCAGAGAACCCAGAAGUCUGUAUUACAGGAAAUUUUCAGGCUUUCCUCACUACCCUUGCCAAACCGAAUUAAGAACCGAUGAUCGCCGAUUUCAUCAUGUUCGUCACAACCCCCUCGAUAUUCCACUAGAACAAACGUUAGGAGACCCGCUGCUGGACAGACGCUUCUCAAGUCACCUGAUCGAGUUAGAACAGUUACGGCGCGGUACGCUAGGACACGAUGGUCUCCGACACGAAUCUGCAUUUACAAAAGAUAUAUCUCUAUUCCGACAUGCUCAAGAAAGUUGUUCCACGCCACAAAGUGUACAGUGGGGUGGUGCCGACAAUUCCAAUAAUAGCGGUUACCAAAAUGCUCCCUAUACACAAGCGGAGGUACCUCUUCAUGAGGUGCAGCCGGUUGAGGCUCAGGCCUCACCCAUGAGACCGCUAGAAGACUCUCAUUGUAGUGGAGCGCUGGCUCCACACCAUCACCACACAAGCCAGGCUGCUCACGACGGACACUUAGCCGAGUCACGCGUAUCUGGUCUACACGGGACAGACGUCUCUCCAGCAUCACGGCAAGACCUUUCACCGUCAGAAAGUCGUCAGUUACAGCUUAUUUCAGACUCAACUCGAAACGAACGUGGAAAUUCAGACGGGCAUCUCAGUCUUGAGGCCCGGCUUCCGAUGGAUUCCAGACUUCCUGUAGUACUCCCUCGAUAUCACGCAGAGCUACGUUUUACAGACCCGAGGUUCUCAGAGCAUUUAAUGGAUCCGCGACAUAUCUUUUCCUCAACACCAAGUCUUUAUCAUGGUAGCUCAAACUCGUCUCUUCUGGAGCAAGGCCGUGCCAUCACAACUCUACACCUACCGGUCUCACACAGCGGAUACCCUCUUAUCUCAGCACAUGGAUUUUUCGGCUCAACUAGUCCUCAGAAUUCACUUGCCACAUCGCCAUAUUUAAACACAUCGCCAUCAGUUUUACCAACCUCGUUCCUUUACCCACAUCUUUACAGUAACCCCUCUGCGUCUUCAUAUCAGCAUGACCUCUAUAACCAGCUUCAUCGCCAUGGGGACCGGACUGAUGUCCGACCUUAUGAACUCGCAUUAGGGGCCAGGAGCAAUGACCUUGCACGCGCAGCACAUGGGCCUUUGGCUCCAUCCUCACAAACAUUGCCAAAUUCCUCACAAACUCACAACGAAGAUAGUUCCUCAUCCAGCAGCAAUCCGCGGGAAACUUCGCGAAACUCUGAAAGAAAUUCUGAAAGAAAUUCUGAAAGUGUUAGUAGUGUAUCAAAAACUAUUUCAACAACACAUUCAUCGAGGCAGGAAACGACAACAACAACAACAUCUAGUUCAUCAUCAUCUCAGGAUCCGGCUGUAUGGCGGCCAUACUGAACAUAAGGGUGGCCAUAUUUGCUCUCAAAACAGAGCCUGCCAAUUCAGUGUUAAGUCGUGCCCAUGUUGGACAUUAAAAUGUGAAACUUAUAAGAUGAAGACAAAUGUUUAUAAUGGCUUUAGUAUCGGAGCCAUAUUCUCAUAGCAAUCUGAAAGAGAUACGCGGAUGACUUUCUCACCGGUAUUGUUGAUAAAACCGGCAAGCUACUCAGAGUAUAUUAAUAGUGUAUUUAUUUAUUACUUUCACGUACGAGGCAGUUUCCCAAAUAGUAUCCCAGCCAACUUUUGCUACAAUACAACAUUAUUUGGGGGCUUUUAGUUCCUUUAGCUAAAAAGCAUGAUUCGGAAGCCUCACUUGCCUUUUAGUUUACAAAAAACAAUUGGUAGAACCAAAGCUAGGAUACCUUUUGGCGCACCCUGUAUAGGCUUGAUUAUCAAGUGAAUAUUGUUGUCUCUCUGCUAGGGUCUUUGAGUGCUCAGUCACAUAGAUCAGGUUGCUAAAUGUACUGCCAACAGCCGGUGUCUUCUCGCUCUUUCCGGUAAUCAUUGGUUCGUUGUAAGUUAUACAAAAUAUUGCAUUCAGAUGAGGAACUUUCAGUUAUAAUAUUUUUAGCAAGAAGACGAGGUCUGUUAUGAUGGUUUUAUUUACUUUUUUGAAGUAUUGCCUGGUAUUAUUGGAAAAUAAUUGUGUCAGCUUCAAGUCUGGAUGUUCUGACAUGGCACGGCCAAAGCGACUAGUAUAUUUGAUGUGAAAAUUGUGUGUAUUUUCCGGCAAAUUACUCAAUACUUACACUCUCGCACCAUUGGUAUGAUGUUUUUACCAAACUGAAUACAAUAACCAUCAUCUGUGUUCAAAUUUGUGCCAUUUUACUGCCAAAAUAAUGCACACCUAGCAGUUGAAUUCGUUGGAAACAACUGUGAAGAACUGCCUGCUUACCGCAAUCCAAAGUAUGUAUGUUGACUGUACAUUUUUAACAUUGUUUAAGGGCGACCAUUUUCUACUAUAAAACUAGUAUGUAAUUCAUAAACAGCAUGUUCUGAAAAAGGUGUGCGCAAUUUAUUAUAUGAAAGUGCCGAACAUUUGCAAAUCUAGCCUAUUGGCUAAAGAAAAGAUGGGAGCUGAUUAUAGCUGAUUUGUACUGAGAUUUGUAUGUAUAUUACAUCAUAUUUCCCUCACAUUGUUGUUCAAGAACCAAAUUUUUAUUUUUCUGGGACAUACUAUAUAUUGCACAUGUGCUUCAGUACGAUAAACAUGUAUAAUGGUAUUUUUUCAUUCAAAUACUUAGAAAAGACCUCUUCUUUUUUGUGAGAAUAAUUGAAAACAUUCCAGUUGCCAAUUAAAUAAUUUUCAUCAAUGUUAAUAGAAGUAAAAAUCACAAAAAUAAAGGGGUUUUCUGCUGGUUUCUUUAGCGAUGCUGUUGUUGACUUAAAUGAUAAAAGUGACUCCUGGUAAACUCUUUAAUCAUUGAAUUCAGUGAAUUUAACCUUUUUGCUUUGUCAAUAAAUAUCCUCUCAAAAUUAGAAACUCUUCAAGUUGUGAAUGUCGGAUUCCAGUAAAAUUUGGAAGAAGCGGUGUAGUAAGACCGUGCAUCCACAGUGUCUUGUUUGCACUGACCCGACCCUGCCUGUAGCUCCCAAAAUGUUAUCAACAUUUCUUAGGUUUGCCCUAUCCCUGCCCGUUUUAUCGAGUUCUGUUCGCCUGUUAAGACCUUUUCUGGUAGGUCCAUUUCGUGGGUAGUGUGUCUAGCUUGUCUGCUGAUGCAAUAUACUUUGAAACGCAAGUUCCUUGAUAUCGUACCCACCGUCUGCAUCUCUGAUUGAAAAAUCCUUUAAAGGUACAAGUAGACUGGUUUUGAGACGUGCUGAUAAAGAAGUGUCCCAAAUACCGACUGAGGUCGAACCGGGAAAUGGGAAUUGGCACUAUAGUUCACGGGACAUUGUGUCAUUGAUAGUGAGGGUGAUCUGUUGUAGAGAUGCUCUGUAAAAUACUUGAGACUUAGUAUACAGACAAAUCCCAGUAGGCCUGGGAUGCUUGUACUCAGACUUCAAGAGAAUAUUGAAUCCAUUUCCUAGCCAAUACGAGGUGAGACUAAAUGUCCCUAUUGGGAAAUGUCGUUUAUGCGCCAACACACGGGGCACGGAUGGUAUGGCAAAACCAUUUUAUGUCUCUCUGUCUGAUAACAUGAGAUCCUGAUGCAAUAAUAGGGGUGGUCAUUUUUUUAUUGGAUGAUUCCUUUCAUGUAUCAUAAGUUGGGCUGACAAAAAAGUUCUUUUCACACUUUGAGCAGUGUCACCUUAUAUUACUGUCUGAUGACUUUAGAUCCUUGGUGUAUCAUGCUAUUGUGUUGCCUUCAGCCAAAUAAAGGGUCUCAUACAUGUAUCUCAGUUUUCAAAGCUUACCCCUUUUUGUGCUUAUCGCUUGGAGAUGUAACCUUUGGUUUAGGCCAUAAUAUCUGGAUUUUUUCAUUCGAGGAUGGCACAGAUAGAUAAUGUUGCCUAACAGAUUGUUUAGAAACACUAAAGCAUUCAGAGAAUUGCAGGUCACAGCCAUGAAAUGGCUUGUUUGUGAGAUGCUUAAAACAAAAAUGCCAUUUUGAUAUUUCCUCACAUUUGAAAUUAAACUAUUAAAUUUUGGAUUAUCCAUUCAGGUUAGUAUUGCUUUGACCUCUGAUGACCUUUGAAUGGAUCAAAACACUAAAUUCGUGAAACAUUUACAAAUG